GAGCUGCGCUCAUUGAGCGCCGGAGGUCCACCGUGUCCAGUUCUCUGCGCUGAAGCCGAGGAGGAAAAGACGCUUUGGGGGACUGCUCUGAGAGUUUAUUGCGGUUCCUGCCCCUGCGCUCCGGGUGGAUUUUACUCUGUGGUCUGCAGUUUGUAAAUCAUCGUCCAGCUCUGAAAUGGCUGACAGGAAGCUGGAUGGCUUUGGACAGAUUUGGAUGGUAGCGCUCAUACUGCUGUGUAAUCCAGCAGCGUUUAUGGUGAAGGGAAGUCUGGCGAUCAAUGAAACCCAGCAGCAGGCUUCAACCAGUGUCUACGAUGACAUUACGGUCACCAGGAACAAGAUAGUUACAGCCCAGUUUGAGUGCUAUCAAAAGUUAAUGAAAGAAAAUACCCACAGCAGACAAGAACCUGUGUGCAAUCGCACGUGGGACGGCUGGCUUUGCUGGGAUGACACCAAAGCAGGAGUUACAUCCGAGCAGCACUGCCCGGACUACUUCCAGGAUUUUGAUCCAUCCGAGAUGGUCACAAAGAUUUGCACUGACAGUGGUCAAUGGUUUCUGCAUCCGGAGAGCAACAGGACAUGGACCAACUACACCCGCUGCAAUGAGCACACUGUAGAAGGCAGAAUGACUGCAAUGAACCUUUUCUACCUUGCCCUCAUAGGACAUGGGCUGUCUCUGACUUCCCUCCUCAUCUCCCUAGCAAUUUUUUUCCAUUUCAAGAGUUUGAGCUGUCAGAGGAUCACCCUUCAUAAAAACCUCUUCUUCUCUUUUGUUCUGAACUCUGUGAUCACCAUCAUUUUGCUGAGUGCAGUGGCCAACAACCAGGAGGUCAUGCAGAGGAAUCCAACGAGCUGUAAAGUGUCCCAGUUUAUUCACCUGUACCUGUUUGGCUGUAAUUACUUCUGGAUGCUGUGUGAGGGGAUAUAUUUGCACACUCUCAUCGUGGUGGCCGUGUUUGCUGAGAAGCAGCAUCUGAUGUGGUACUAUCUCCUAGGAUGGGGCUUUCCUCUUAUCCCAGCCACCAUACAUGCCGUCGCUCGGAGCUACUACUACAACGACAACUGCUGGAUUAGCUCAAAAACAUCACUGCUCUACAUCAUCCACGGCCCCAUCUGUGCUGCUCUUUUGGUUAAUUUGUUCUUUCUACUCAACAUCGUGCGAGUUCUCAUCACCAAACUGAAGGUGACCCAUCAAGCAGAAUCAAGUCUGUACAUGAAAGCUGUGAGAGCCACGCUCAUCCUGGUCCCUCUGCUUGGAAUUCAGUACGUCCUGCUUCCCUACAAGCCAGAGGGACGGGUCUCUUCGGAAAUAUAUGACUACAUCAUGCACAUACUGAUGCAUUACCAGGGUCUGCUUGUGGCCACCAUCUUCUGCUUUUUCAAUGGAGAAGUCCAAGCUGUUCUGAGGCGGCACUGGAACCAGUAUCAUAUCCAGUUUGGCAGCAGCAUAGGAAACCACUCGGAUGCCCUGCGCUCAGCUUCCUACACAGCUUCCUCCAUCACUGAGGUACAGGGCUGCUACAGCAUCGACGGUCACUCGGAACACAUGAACGGCAAAGGCUGCCACGACUCAGAUGCCUCCAUACUCAAGUCAGACAGCCCCUUCGCCUGACACAAACGGUGCUCUCAGACUCUGUCCAUCCCACCAUCACCCUUAAAAUCUGCCACAUGCUUGGAGCUCGCCAUCCGGGAAAACUGGCCACUUCCCAUAGAUACGUAGAGGAAAACGAGUGAGGGAAGGAAAUUAUGACUUCUUAUCCACACCAACACAGGUCCUUUAACUGUACUGUACGGUGAGCUUGAUACAGCUACUCCUGCGCUGUGCUUUGUCUACAAUUUGCAUCUGAACUGCUUUACUUGGACUACGAUGCUUUCAUAUCUUUCAGCCUGACUAAAUCAUUUUUAAAUCAAUAAUUACUGACUGCUUGAUUAUCCUCGCGGGUUCAUGUUGUGCACAAAAGGCCUUUGGUUACACUGUAAAUUCUUUUGACACAGUUAGUGCCAAACCAAGAAAUCUUGCCUGCCUCAUUUAUUUUUUCAUUAUCAAUAAUGAAUCAGAUAGGACGUCUAACAUGUGCAUAUUGAAGUAUUAAACAUAUCUGUAUCUUUCACAUGUUAAACUUAAUUUAUCAACAUAUUCUUGUUUAUUAAAUGCAAAUGGAUUAAAUAACAUACAGUAUUUAUGAAAGGUUUAUAUGUUACAUGUUUGUUUUUUUAUUUUCAAAAUUAAAUACUGCUAUAACUUGCCAGCAGCACAGAAACUUUUCUUUGUUUCAGUGUUUGUUCCUGUGUGUGCAGUUCAUGCAGGCUUGAUUUUGGUUCGCACCACUAGCUCACGCUCUUCAUUUCUAGUCAUGCUGAUGUUUGCACCUGCUCAAGUGAUCCUUACUAACGUGUGCAUCAGUUAGGCCACAUGGUUGCAAUGUUUACAGAAUAUUAGCAAAGAGAAGCCACAUUUGAAUGUUGACAGCCAAUGGUGUGUUUCAUUUGAACUUGGAAUUUUCCCAACCAAAAGUUAGUUUUUUGUUUUUUAACUGGAACACCCCCCUCAAAUCUGACUUCCAAUUCGGAAGGUUAGAGAAUUCCCACCAAUAACGAUUUUACAAUCCAGUAUAGCAGUGCAUGUAAUCUGUAAAGCCUAUAUUGCUGAAUAAGCCAUAUUCAGAGCAUUGACCACGUUUUGUGUGUGAACAUGCAGCAGUGGUGUUUUCCAGCUUAUAAAAUAAGCAAAGCGCUAUAUUGCUAGUCAUGCAUGAAUGGCUCUACCUUGCGAAGGAGCAGAACGCCGCUAGGAUGCACUCGGCUCGGGAGUGACAUCACACCCUACUCUGAUGUGCAACUUCUAAGGCAAAUGAAAUGCAGCAUUUGUUUAAAGACUUGGCUCCUUUAAGCACGCAUUACAUUUACUUAUACUGCUGUCUUUAUCCUUACCCCUCUUAAAGCAUUUAAAAAUAAUUAAGAUGUCAACAGUACUCGGUUUUCAGACAGAAUACAGGAAGUUAAUUGGAUGACGUGCUGCUUUUUCCAGUACCGUAGCAGGAAGAAAAUUAAAUCAAAUUGAAGAAGACCAGAAUUAUUAAUGUUCGCAUGAAAGAGGACAAAGAUUUAAUUCCUCUUGUGUAAUGAACAAAGCCAUGUUUCUGUUUCUUUAUAGUACAACCGUCACUUCCAUCUUCUUUGAAGCCAGUACACAUUAUUCUUUUCUACCUAAACUGAAUCUGUAUCUUAAUGUUAGCAAGCGUACUAUCUGUACUAAAAAGCUUACGGAUUUGUAAGAAACUUCAGGCCGUUAAAUCCCGAUAUAGGUGGGAUUACUUUUGCAUUUUGUCCCCGUCUUUUUACAGGAUAGUCAUGCUACCAAACAAUAUCUUAUGGCCAGUAUGAAUGUUUGAGUUCAGUGAUCAUAUAAUCAGUUUGCACAUAAAAAAUGGAAAGUGCAAUAGAACCAGGCAAAAUCGUGAUGCAAAUGAAGCAAGCAACAUUAAUGUCCACUAACGUGUCCUGCUUCACUGAAGAAAUUAAAAAUGGCAAAAGAGAAAAAGCAUUAGAUCUGUGUGAAGUGUCAAGGAAUGACGUUCGUUAUUUUCAUGCAUGAGCAAAUUAUAAAAAUCUCCAAAACUUCCACUGCCUGUUUGUUUUAGGUCUGACUGGUGCUUUCUCAGUUACUUUGAUAUGAAUCCUAGCUGGGGCAAAACCCUUCUUACCUCAGUGAACCAAAUCUUUAUAGUGAUUAGUGGAUAAAAAUGCAUGCAUUAAUUUAGCCUACUCUUAUUCCCAGGGUUGAAAUACUGAUGUUUUGUCAAAGCCACUGGAGUCUCCAAUACUUACAAGGUUGUGGUACUACAACUCACCUAGUUUAAGGGGUCUCUUGUCCCCAAAUUAUCACAUAUUGACACUUGUAGAGGAGCUCUUGGUGUUGUAUUUAACCACACUGGUUUAGAGCAAUUUUUAUACAUGCAGGGUUAUGAAUUUACAAACCAUGGUCCCUUCCCAUGCCUGGUAGUUUUACUAUUUACUACUAUUAUUUCUGAUAUUUCUGUAUAGGACGCCAGUGACAUUUGAUAGAAUGUCGAUAUUUUGUGACCAGGGAUGAAAACACACAAUUUACUCUUCUUUUUGUGAUUUAUUUAAAGGCUAAAAGUAUUUUAUUCCCCGAGAGUGAGGUAUAAAGAAGACAUUAAGGGUUAAGGUAUAUGAUUUUCUUUUUUGGAAAGAGCCCUCUGCUUUAGCACAGUGCUAAUGCUAGUCUGCACACAGCCUUAUUAAGAAGUACACAUGAUAAAUUUGUCACAUUUUACACCACAAAACACUAAAAAUUGUAAAAAUGUGUACUGAUAAAACAGUUUGAAAGCAUUUACUUCAUUUUUAAAUGUGUGUUCUUAGUGCUCAUUCACAUCACAGAACCUUCUUUGAACUUUUGUUUCUUUUUUUUAUUUG